CAAAACUUACGAAUUAGGAAAGGUCAGGCCAGCCCUGACAGACCCUAAGAACAGAAUAUUAUCUCCCUAACCCUUGGAAAGUGGGUAAGGGUGAGGCUUGAAAGAAACCAGCUAAGUCCUUCCGGUUCAGGCUGAUAACACUUCCGUUUUUUUUUUUUCCUGACCUGUGAGCCACAGCACCACCUGCUGGUUAUCUGCCGCCCAGCGCUGAUCCAAACAGAUCUUUCUUCCAUGUUCACCUGGCAAUUUUCUUAGGAGAUGAAACCAAGGCGUCUCACACUGUUCACAACAACCAUCCUCCUUUGCCUCAGCAUGGUGCAGCCUAGAAUAAAGAAGAAAAGAGUAACGACGCCAAAACCUGGGUACUGCCCGGAAUUUUUUCUCCCUUGCCCGUUUGUCCGCUUACCCCUAUGCAAGCUUGAUAAAGGGUGCAGGGGCAUCAAAAAGUGCUGUUUCUACUACUGCCAGAUGCGCUGUGUGGAACCUUGGACAACCAAUACUUGAAGUGGAAACCCUUUCUUAACCAAGCCUGGCAAGAUAUGGUGCCAUUGGCUCCAACUUGGAUGGCUGACCUCAAGUUCCUCUGUCUCACAGGCCCCUUUUAUUUGUGGGUUAAAUACUUAUUAAUAUUAAAGCAAAGCAAACAAACAAA